AAAUAUUAAUUUAAUCAAAAUAAAAUAUUAUGAUCUAACUCCACCCACCCUUACCUAUUCUUAUUCACUUUUAUUAUAUAUAUAUAUACUUUAUAUAUAAUAUUAAAUUAUACACAAUUUUCAUAUCAUCCUCUGAAUAUUUCUUCUUUAUUAAUUUUUCAGUGUACAAACAAAUACAUGAAACUUUGCUUUCACAAAAUGUACAGAUUUUUGUUUCACUGUUAAACAAGAAGCUAAGAUAGUAGUCUCUUUUCCCCAGAACCAAGAAAAACCCAGUUCAUAUUUAUUCAAAGAGCUGAGUUUUUUUAGAUUUUUUUGUUCUCAUUGUUGUUUAUUUUCAAAAGGGUGUGUUCAAGAUUGAUAAAGUUUCAAUCUUUACACCUCAGAGGGUGUGUAGAUAUACACAUCUGUUUGGAUAAUGUGGAGGGGUCUGCAUUUCUUUUGGAAAAAGGAAUCGAUCGGAGAAACGCCGUGUACGGCGGGGAUUUGAUGGUGUGUUUUGUUAAACGCAGCGUUUCAUGGAGUUGAAGAUUUGGUGUUGGAGUAGUGGUAGUAGUAGUGGUGGUAUCAGUAGAAGUAAUACUUGUACUUUUCUCAGUGUUCAUUCUAAAUCCAGCUCUUCAACUAAGCUCAGAUUUGCUAUAUUGUUUUCCCAGGUCCUAUUUAUACUAUUGUGUCUAGAGACCAGUUUAGCAACUUUCUCGGAUCAUCAAUUAUUGAGACAAGACUUUGAGAAUGAAGACAAGAGUACCAUUUCCCAUUCUUGUAUCCAUGAUCAGAUAAUUGAACAAAGGAAAAGACCUGGUUUGCAAGUGUAUUCCGUCACUCCUCAGGUGUAUGAGGAGUCUGUGGCUUCAGAUCCCCCUCACCGUAGAGGAAGGGCAUUACUUGAAAUUUCCAAAGAACAAAAUGAUGUCAUGCAACCGAUCAGAAUCUUUUUGAAUUAUGAUGCUGUCGGUCAUUCAUCUGAGAGAGAUUGUCAAAAAGUUGGCGACAUUGUGAAGCUUGGGGAGCCACCAGGUGCUUCUUUUUCUGGUACGUCUUCUUGUAAUCCACAUGGAGAUCCUCCAGUUUAUGGGGAUUGCUGGUAUAACUGUACCUUAGAUGAUAUAGCUGGGGAGGACAAAAGGCAUCGCCUUCGCAAGGCCCUCGAGCAGACAGCGGAUUGGUUUAAAAGAGCGUUAUCUGUUGAGCCAGUUAAGGGAAACCUGAGGUUAAGUGGAUAUUCUGCUUGUGGACAAGAUGGAGGUGUACAACUCCCAAGAAAAUAUGUUGAAGAGGGUGUUGCACAUGCGGAUUUGGUUCUUCUUGUGACUACAAGGCCAACAACCGGCAACACUCUUGCAUGGGCUGUAGCAUGUGAGCGUGAUCAAUGGGGUCGUGCUGUUGCUGGGCAUGUGAAUGUAGCUCCUCGGCAUUUAACUGCUGAAGCGGAAACCUUACUUCAAGCUACUUUGAUACACGAAGUAAUGCACGUUCUUGGAUUUGAUCCUCAUGCCUUUGCUCAUUUUCGUGAUGAGAGAAAACGUAGGCGAAGUCAGGUUACUGAACUGGUAAUGGAUGAAAAACUUGGAAGAAUGGUUACUCGAGUAGUGCUUCCUCGAGUUAUCAUGCAUGCUCGCCAUCACUAUGGGGCAUUCUCUGAGAAUUUCACUGGACUUGAGCUAGAAGAUGGAGGCGGACGUGGUACAUCAGGUUCUCAUUGGGAGAAAAGGCUAUUGAUGAAUGAGAUCAUGACUGGGUCAGUAGAUACAAGAUCAGUGGUUUCAAAAAUGACUCUUGCUUUACUUGAGGACAGUGGAUGGUACCGGGCUAAUUACAGCAUGGCUGACCGUCUUGAUUGGGGACGCAACCAAGGACCAGAUUUCGUUACCUUUCCCUGCAAUCACUGGAAGGGAGCCUAUCAUUGUAACACUACCCAGUUAUCUGGAUGUACAUUUAACAGGGAGGCUGAAGGUUAUUGUCCAAUAAUGAAUUAUAGUGGGGAUCUCCCUCAAUGGGCUCGUUAUUUUCCACAGGCUAACAAAGGUGGUCAGUCAUCAUUGGCAGAUUAUUGCACUUAUUUUGUUGCUUACUCUGAUGGAUCUUGUACGGACACGAAUGGUGCUCGAGCACCUGAUAGGAUGUUAGGUGAAGUGAGGGGAAGUAGUUCAAGGUGCAUGUCUUCUUCUCUAGUGCGUUCUGGAUUUGUACGUGGCUCAAUGGCCCAAGGCAAUGGUUGUUAUCAGCAUAGGUGCUCAAACAAUUCGUUAGAGGUAGCAGUAGAUGGCAUUUGGAGAGUUUGUCCAAAAGCUGGUGGACCUAUCCAGUUUCCUGGCUUUAAUGGUGAGCUCGUCUGCCCAGCUUACCACGAACUAUGUGAUGUGAAUCCAGCUUUGUUGUCUAGUCAAUGUCCCAAUUCAUGCAAUUUCAACGGAGAUUGCUUAGGUGGAAAAUGUAGAUGCUUUAUUGGGUUUGGUGGUCAUGAUUGUAGCAAACGCUCAUGUCCUGGCAAUUGUGGUGGACAUGGAAAGUGUCUUGGGAAUGGUGCUUGUGAAUGUGAUAACGGGUAUACUGGCGUUGAUUGUUCCACAGCUGUUUGCGAUGAGCAGUGCAGUCUUCACGGUGGGGUCUGUGACAAUGGAGUCUGUGAGUUCCGUUGUUCUGACUAUGCUGGUUACACGUGCCAGAAUAGCUCCACGCUUCUUCCUAGUCUCUCUGUUUGCAAAGAUGUGCUUCAAAAUGAUGUAUCAGGACAACACUGUGCACCAAGCGAGUUAAGUAUCUUGCAGCAGCUGGAAGAAGUAGUGGUGAUGCCCAACUACAACCGACUAUUCCCAGCUGGUCCUCGAAAGAUUUUGAACAUUUUUAGGGGUCGAGAUUGUGAUGGAGCUGCUAAACGACUAGCCUGCUGGAUCUCAAUCCAAAAAUGUGACAAGGAUGGGGACAACCGUCUACGAGUAUGUCAUUCAGCUUGCCAAUCAUAUAACGUGGCAUGUGGAGCAUCACUUGAUUGCUCGGACCAAACACUAUUUAGUAAUGAACACGAGGGUCAAGGUCUUUGCACAGGUUGGGGCGAAUUGGACGCUUGGUUUUAGAAGAGCCAACUAUAGAAAAUGAAUUUGGUGUACAUUGUAGGUAGUUUUAGGUCUUCUUUUUUCGUUUUCAUUGGCCUAUUUGUAAUGUGUUGUAAGCUUUUUUUUUUCUCUUUGGGGUUAGGAGGAAAAUGUGUGCGCGAAGCGCUCAUAAAUUUAGUGUUUUUUGUUUCUCUCAUCCCAAAUGUUCAUUUGCUAAAAGAUUUGGGAUGGGAAAUUAACUUGAGAUUUUGGCUUUCAAAGAUGAAAGUCUUGGUGUAGAGGAAAUGUAAUCAAAGAAAAAAAAAAGGAUAAGAGUAAAAAAAGAAUUGGCCUAAGGCCUUGAAGCCAUUAAUUGUGUAUUCUGUCUUACAA